CAGGGCUUUGCUGAUUUGUGAGAUGUACCUCGCAUUGCGUGAUGCAGAGCCAUGAUGAGUUCUUCUUCGAUCCAGACGACGAUGAGGAUGAACUGGAAGAGGAGUUUUUCUCGGCAUGCAUUACUCAGGACUCGAUGGUGGCUCCGUCAGAUGGAUUCUUCUGUCGGAUGGCUGAGAGACUUCCAUUUCUGAACAAUGUCAUGCAGAUCCUGCACAUCAGAGCUGGGGAUGAGGAGUCCUUGCAGCGUGCUCGGAAAAGGAAUCCCUUUCGAGCUUCUGGGCGUUUGGCGCGUGGUGCAGAGCAUGUCCCCUUUCUGAACAACGUGAUGCAGGGUUUGCAUCGAGUCACCGGCAAAUCCGAAGAACUGAGGCGAGCCAGGCGGAAAAACCCUUUGGGGGCCAAUGGGUAUGUCACCAAACUUGGUGAACAUAUUCCAGGUUUGGCUGAUACAAUCUGCUGCAUUCACAAGUUCCGUGGCUUGGAUGCUGAAGCUGAACGGGCUCGGGCGUUUUCGCUUCACAGAAUGGUGGGGCGGCAGGGUGCCAUCACGCACCUGGCACAGCUGCUACCAGGGACGAAUCUCAUUGCUGCUCUCUUGGCCGAAGCCAAGGGGGAUCGGAAGGAGGCCAUAAAGGCCAUGAAUUUGUUGAAGAGUUGGCGAGAUGUUGCAAGUGCUGAUGGGGCCCUUGCCAGAGUGGCUGAAUUGUUGCCAGGGGUUGACAUCAUUAGUUUUGGGCUCAUGGUGAAUCAUGGCCAUUUCGCCCAUGCAGUUCGAGCGAUUUGCAAGACUCGAUGGGUCGAUGUGACUGCAAAGUCUUCCACAUUGACUUUGUCUACAGGAUGUGUUGAGGAUUGGGUCGUGCAGUCAGUUGAUUCAGAUGUGAUUGUUCAACCUCGAGCCACGUCCCUGGCCAGCGGUCUGGUUGAUGUAUUUAUCCAUCUUCUAGACUUUGAUCAGCACGGAAAUCAACGAUGGGUAACUCGAGGCUUAGAGGAACACGAGCUGCCAUCUGCAUGUGCACGAAAGAAGAGGCGAGGCCUUCGGCGCGCAUUUGAAGACGUGAAGAUCAUGAAGGCGAAUCAGGCGAUUCACGGCAUGUUGGACUACUUGUUCCUUAGCUCGCCUCAUUUGCUUGGCUUUUUGACCGAGCUUACCAAUUGGGCGGUGUAUGAAUGGACAGCAUCAUCCUUCAGCAGUAGAUGCACCUUGAGAGCCUUUGCCAUUUUCUUCCCACCAAUGAUUUGCCGAAGACUCCGGUGCCCCACAGCUCCCAGCGAGGGUCUCGCACGUGCAGUGCAAAACUCCUUGCCAGGAGUCACUACAACACAUGGUCAAAUGCCGGUCAACCCCUCGAACUUUCAGAUACCUCUCAAUGUCGAAGAGCAAAGCAUUCUUCCAAGUGUUUGUGCAGGUGCUUCCUGCAUAUCUUUAUCCUGUUUUGCAUCCAUGCAUUCCUUCCUGCUGCCUUUGGCGUGCUUUACAGGCUGUUUUGCAGGUGUAAGCUUUCUCCGGCGGACGAUCCACAACAAUCUAACGCGUUGGAUCAACCAAUUCAACGCCGAAUCUUGGAAGUCGAUGUCGUCACCGGUGGUGCCACUGGCUCGGCAGAUUGAGCAGUCUGAAGAGCUGCCGCCAGAAUCAAUCUUGGAAUGGGCUAUCAAAGAGAAGGUCUCUGAAAGUUUCAAUGAAAUCUUUGAACCUCAAGGUGUUACUUUUGAAUGGUCCAGGCGGCUGUUGGAGGAAGUCAGAUUUGCUGAGCUUUUGCGGAACUAUGUGCUACAUGAAUGGUUUUCAAGAAGACGUGCUUUAAAUUGGCUGCAUCCUGCAGUGUGGAUCAUGCAGUUCUUGGAGUGUCCGCUACGAGACUUUCUGAACUCGUCCUUCGAUGGUCAGCACGUGCCGCUGGUGAUUCCAAUUGAGCUGCCAGCAGGGACCUAUAGCAGCGGACUUUGGCUCCCAGAGAUCAGGGUCAUGUUGGUUCUUUGGCUCCAAUUCCAGAACCACCGCUACGUCACGAGCAUCGAAGCGGUGGUUGUCGAUGGCAUGCUUGACCAAAUUGCCAAUGCCGUGAAAGCACAACUCCUUCCUGCAGACUAUGAUUGGCGAGAGGAGGAUCCACGAUUGACAGACUUCACGGAGCCGGUCAAUUUGACUUUUGAGGUUGCUCUCCAAUGGGCCAGAGAGGACAAGCUGUACAUAGAACUCAAAGACUUGUCGGUAGGCUUUGUUUGCCGAAAUGAAACAUUGAGGCUUUUGUAUCACUGAAAUUGUUGCAGGAUUGCAGUGAGCAAAGCUCUCUACCUCUGCAAUCCUUGGAAGUUGAACAGUCGGACAGGCUGAAAAGUAGGGUCUGUCCAACAGAAGCAAUUGUCAGGUGAUCCAAA